AUGGAGGAAUUUAAUUAUCUCUAUGUCAAACCGUACUGUCGCAUUCAUCCUUAUUUGGUCGGACUUGUCAUUGGCUGUCUCAUGCACAGAAGAGCGUUUAGAGCCAAACAACUGAGUUGGGUGAGCAUGAUCUCUUUGAGAUAUGUUUAACUCAGAUAUAGAAAUUACUGAUGGUUCGGUUUAAGUCUCUCAUCAACCAAUAAAUUCUGGUUUCAAUAUGGUUGUAACGGUCAUAAAGAUUGAGUCACGAUCUUUUUCAUCAGCCGAAAUACAACAUUUUAGAACUGAAAAUACGUGGAGUGAUAUAACUAGAGAAUGCUUAUUAUUUAUAUGCGAUUUACAAGUAUAAACUAUUAUAAACUGGCCGUUGAGAAAGAUCGUUACUCCAUUUUUAAGACCAUUACGAUUUACGAUCAUAUGGAAACCAGGCUUAACAUUAGGUUUCCUCAUGCACCAUGAUAUUGGCUUUGUUUUUAAAAAAAUGCCAACUUUUAUUUUUCAGCCGCUUGCUGUUAUUUUCUGGUUUAUUACUGUUGCCAUUGCGUUAUCUGUUAGCUUUGGAACCUUCACAGCAUUCCAUGAGGACGCACGACCAUGGACAAUGGCUGAAAAAAUAUUGUACAAUACAACAAGACACUUAGCCUGGGGUAUUGUUCUGGCUUGG